CCAGAUUCAAUCCACUGCUCCCGCGGCCCCACUAUACGGACCGUGAAGCCCAGUCACAUUCGACCCAUUCGUCAUUCCAGGAGCGACUUACUUUGAUAGGUCGCGAAAUACUAUUGAAUAGUGAUUGACACACUGCGUUGCCGUUUUAAGGAGGUCGAAUUCUUUCUGCCUAUAUCUCGAACAUUCAAGCCGGAGCUUGCUGACGACGAUUGUGACGAACCAGGACGGAUUCGUCGACCAGAAAUAGACCUUGGUAGAAGAUGGAAUUCCGUCUGCUCAUCGCUCCGCAAGUUGGACCAUGGUGAUUGGGGUAUAUAUUGGGUCAUCAUUGCCGCUUCCAGCAUGAUACUCACUCAGAUCUUCUUUUCAAUAGCUUACCACCAGUGAUAUCUUCCUGCUCUUCCAUCCCUCAAUAUGCAGAUUGUUUCUUUGAGCAAGUUGGCUAUGCUAGGCCUAGCCGGCCUGGCAAUUGCCCACCCCGGCGUCCACGAGCCCAACUCAAUGUCGCAUUCUGCGAAGAGAAGCUUCCUCAACAACGCAAAGCGUUCUCUCAGCCAAUGCAGCAGCCACCUGGAGCGCCGUGGACUCAACGACCGGAUCCAGGCACGCCGUGCGGCCGCGUACGAGAUGUACCGCAAGCGCAGCAUUGAUACUCGCGACUACAACCCCUCCGUGAACACCUCGCACCACUCCUCCCUCGAUGUGACCUCCCAAACCACCGAGCAGGAGCUGUUUGCGAAGAACCCCGUGUGCAUUCUGUCCCCCGAAGGAGAAAUCGGACCCUUCUGGGUGAAGGGCGAGCUGGUGCGGUCUGACGUCAGGGACGGCGAACCCGGUAUUCCGAUUAUCAUGGAUGGCCAGUUCAUCGACAUUGAGACCUGCGAGCCCAUCAAGGAUCUCUACUGGGAUGUGUGGAACUGCAACUCCACCGGUGUCUACUCCGGCGUCCAGAGCUCCAUGAACGGCAACGGCGACGACGACUCGAACCUCGACAAGACCUUCCUGCGCGGUGUCCAGAAGACCGACGCCGACGGUGUCGCGCAGUUCCAGUCCAUGUUCCCCGGCCACUACUCCGGCAGAACUACCCACGUCCACGUCGUUGCCCACGUCGGUGCCACCCAGCUGCAGAACAACACCAUCACCGGUGGCCACGUCGCCUUACAACACGAACAAUGUCUCCAUCACCACCAACGCCGAUGAUCACGUCGUCCAGGACGAGACUGAAGAUAGCGCUUCUGACCCAUUCUUCGAGUAUGCUUUCCUCGGAGAUGCCCUUGAGGAUGGUAUCUAUGCUUGGAUUACCCUGGGCGUCAAUGUGUCGGCCAGUUAUGACACUAGCUAUGCUGCUACCUUGACUGCGUCCGGCGGUGUCUCCAACUCCAACAGCAACCCUGGUGACGCUGUUAACUUCUGAUCUUGCAUAUCAGCGGCUGGAAACGGAUUAUUGAGAUAAUCUAGCACAUGUCAUUGUAUUUGUGUCCAUUUCACUCACUCGCUCUCUGGAUGCACUUGUUGU